GAACAAUAGAAAUGGAAAUAUAUAGCAGAAAGAACAAAAUCAGAGAGUAAAAAUGAAUGGUGUGUGUUUAGUAAUGGUGCUCUAUGCAUUAGCUUUAGGCACUGCUGGAACUCUUGCAGCAAAACAUGUCGUAACCUGGGAUUUAUCAUCUGACAUGAAUUCUUGGGCAAAGGGAAAGACAUUUAAAGUUGGAGACCAACUUGUUUUCAAGUAUUCAUCAGGCUUGCAUAGUGUUGUGGAGUUAUCGAGCGAAAAAGAGUACAAGAAUUGUGAUAUUGGUAACGCAUUGGAUUCCAAGAGCAGCGGUAGCGACGAAUUCAAGUUAACAAAAGCUGGUACUAGAUAUUUCGCUUGCGGGACAAUGGGUCACUGUGAUCAAGGGAUGAAAGUACAAAUUAAGACCGUCGCCGCUGGAACUGAUUCUUCUUCUUCUUCAUCCGAUGAUGAUCAGGACUCCUCUUCAUCUACACCAUCAUCAACUUCAUCUCCGUCAUCUACAACAUCCACGACUUCAGCUGCUGGUGUUCAAUCUGUCGCAUAUCUUCUUUUGAUUUUUGCAUUAGUCGGUACCAUGAGUUUGUUUUAUGUGGUCUGAGGAAGUAUAAAUUCAAGACACAUUUUCGCUUGUGUUCAGUCUGGGUAUACGAGUGUUUUGAGUUUAAUCAUUAUUUGUAGUUAAAAGAUGUUAUUUUUUAUUUUAUUUUUUUGUUGUUGUUGUCGUUGUAAUAAGAUCGGACAUGAGUAUCAUUUACUUCGACAAUGUUCCCAACCAA